AAUAUUUCUCAACCUCAACUGCAAACAACUACAAUUUUCAAGCAAAUCGACGAUACUACUUCACGAAAUGUAGCAGAUAACAAGGUGUGUGCUUGUUAUGCUUCACAUGUUAAUUUUAAUAUUCUUAUGUUUGAUACUGUAAAUUAUCAUACUCACUAUGCACUGUUAAACACGGAGUAUAUGUUUUCACAUAUUUCAGAAUAUUACUCAAUUUGA